AGGCUGCAUUAACCUCAGAUUCAAUAUGGUGUCUUGGGAACAGAGCAUGCAGAAAAAAAUUUCUUUAAGUGCAGGGGAAAAUCCCAUAGGAAAAUGAUGUAAUCAGGUGGAAUAACAAGAGGAAAUGUGCCUAAUGAGCAGAUUUACAAAGCUGUAAAUUUCCCCUCUGCUGCUGUUCCUCAGAAUAUGCAAUGUUGGGCUCAAUGAGACAUGGUUGUUUCCUUUGGAGUCCUUGAUCUGGCUCAGCUACCGAUGCUUUCCUGUCUCCUACUGUCUCAGGACAGAGCUUCAGUCUCCAUCAUCGACCACCUGGGGAGGUAGUCACACAUCCACGUGGAUGCCUUCCUCUCAGAAGACCCAACGAGAAACGUCAACCAGAUGAAAGCAGGGAAUGAUACACAAAUUUCAGAAUUCCUUCUUCUGGGACUUUCACAGCAACCAGAAGUGCAGCCCUUCCUCUUCGGGCUGUUCCUGUCCAUGUACCUGGUCACUGUGCUCGGGAACCUGCUCAUCAUCCUGGCCACAAUCUCAGACUCCCACCUCCACACCCCCAUGUACUUCUUCCUCUCCAACCUGUCCUUUGUAGACAUCUGUUUUGUGUCUACCACUGUCCCAAAGAUGCUGGUAAAUAUCCAGACACACAGCAAAGUCAUCACCUUUGCAGGCUGCAUCACCCAGAUAGGCCAUUGCCUACUCUUUGCAGUAUUGGACGUCUUUAUGCUGACUGUGAUGGCCUAUGACCGGUAUGUGGCCAUCUGUCACCCACUGCACUACACAGUCACCAUUAACCCCAGACUGUGUGGACUGCUGGUUCUGGCAUCCUGGAUCCUGAGUGCCCUGAAUUCCUCAUUACAAACCUUAAUAGUGCUGCGGCUUUCCUUCUGCACAGACUUGGAAAUCCCCCACUUUUUCUGCGAACUUAAUCAGGUCAUCCACCUUGCCUGUUCUGACACUUUUCUUAAUGAUGUGGUGAUGUAUUUGGCCGCUGUGCUGCUGGGGGGUGGUCCCCUUGCAGGGAUUCUUUACUCUUACUCUAAGAUAGUUUCCUCCAUACGUGCAAUCUCAUCAGCUCAGGGGAAGUACAAGGCAUUUUCCACCUGUGUAUCUCACAUCUUAAUUGUCUCCUUAUUUUAUGGUACACUCCUAGGUGUGUACCUUAGUUCUGCUGCAACUGGCAACUCACAUUCAAGAGCUGCAGCCUCGGUGAUGUACACUGUGGUCACCCCCAUGCUGAAUCCCUUCAUCUACAGCCUGAGGAAUAAAGACAUAAAGGGGGCUCUGACACAAUUCUUCAGAGGGAAACAAUAAAAGAGCUGUUUUUCAAGAAGGGCCUGUCAUUCCAGAGCUCUAAGCCCCGGACCCAGAAAUUGUGAUUUUGUAGUCAGAUGGUGGAAGUAGGAAUUGCUCCUCCUAUUAAUUUCUUGGACUUUCAAAUUCUAUGAUCUUAACUGCUUUGUAGAAUGUAUGCAUUUCCUUAAAGAAGCUUUCAGCUCUCAAGAUAGCCAACCGCUUUCUCCUUUGUCAUUUCCCAACUUCCCCAAAGUUAUAACCAGACUAAGGUCAGAAACAAGGUGGAUAUUCUUGUUGGUCUCAUAUGCUGGUGAGUUGCGUUACUGCAAAGAACCAAGAAUGGCAACUAUAAAAAUGAUUAAUAUAACUUAAUUGUGGAUGAAUAGCUGAGACCACAGUUUUGUACGUUUUUUUCUCCAUCACUGCCUCAACUGCUCCUCCUCAUAAUGUAAAACUUUAAUAUACUCAUAUGCUUAUAGCCAGUGUUGGCAUUUUAUCCUCUUCACUAAGAUGCUGUUCUCUAGUCCUCUCCACAUCCACGAUGCCCACCAUCUCUCUUGUUUAAAACAAAGAUGACAAAAAUUGCUUAUGAAAUCCAUGUUCUAAGUGUGGUCUAAACAGACAAAUUAGCAUACAUCAAUUGACUUCAUCUGGACUUAGACUCAGAGAUUAUCUUAACUAUGACAGAGUAAAAUGUUUAGUCAUGCAUGGAAUUACUCUGGAACAUUUGGAGCGAGGAAUACUGGUGUCCAUGUAUAAUGAAGUUUUUUCAUUUGAGUGAACAAUUUGAUGUCAUUGUCUAUGUAAUUUUAUUGUAUCAUCUGCAUUCUACCUAAAAGCUUCCUGUGCUACCUGCAAAUACAACUCUUUCCAUUGUACUAAUAAAUAUCUUUCCCUUUAAACAAUUUCCCAUAAGCAUUAAACUGCAGAUAAGUGAACAAUAUGUGUGUUUAAUUUAUCAGCCAUUGCUUUAUUUCUUUUAUACUAUAAACUCUCUACAACCCUCCUGAUCAAAGGAAGACUCACGCAAGAGCUUGAAUUUCUGCCCAGUAUUGCUCCUGGAAAUAGAGAUUUGUGUGACUCAAGGUCAGAACUCAUUUCUCCAGAAACAUACAUGUCUUUUUGAACAGAUAUUUUUCAAAAGAAAAUAUACAUGCAGCCAACAUCAUAUGAAAAAAAAAUUAACAUCACUGACUAGAGAAAUGCAAAUCAAACCCACAAUGAGAUACCAUCUCACACCAGUCAGAAUAACCAUAAUUAAAAAGUCAAAAAAUAACAGAUUCUGGCAAGGUUGUGGAGAAAAUGAGCACUUUUACACUGCUGUUGGGAGUGUAAAUUAGUUCAGUCAUUGUGGAAGACAGUGUGGUGAUUCCUCAAAGACCUAAAGACAGAAAUACCAUUCAGCCCAGCAAUCCCAUUACUAGGUAUAUACCCAGAGGAAUAUAAACCUUUCUAUUAUAAAGACACAAGCACGGGUAUGUUUAUUGCAGCACUAUUCACAUUUGAAAAGACACGGAAUCAAUCUAAAUGUCAAUCAAUGAUAGACUGGAUUUUUUUAAUGUGGUACAUAUGCACCAUGAAAUACUAUGCAUCCAUAAGAAAAAAUUAAAUCACGUCCUUGGCAGCCAACAUGGAUGGAGGCCAUUAUCCUUAGCAAACUAACACAGAAGCAGAAUACCAAAUACCACAUGUUCUCACUCCUGUAUGGGAGCUAAAUGAUGAGAACACAUGUACACACAGAGGGGAACAACACAUGCUGGGGACUAUCAGAGGGUGGAGGCUAAGAGGUGGGAGAGACUCACCCUCAUUAGGAAAAACAACUAAUGGGUAAUAGGCUUCAUUUUUGGGUGAUGAAAUAAUCUGUACAACAAACCCCCAUGACAAAAGUUUACCUACCUAGCAAACCUGCACAUGUACCC